AUGAAUCAUUCUGCGGUGAUAUUCUUUGAUAUCAAGCAAGCAUUCGAUAGCGUAUGGCAUGAGGGACUCAUUUAUAAAUUAUUCGACCUGAAGCUGCCGGAUUAUAUCAUUCGUUGGUUGAUAUCUUUUCUCAGCGAAAGAACGGCAGCAAUUGAACUGGAAAAUCUGCUAUCUCAAACAUUCGGUCUGAAAAGUGGUACUCCUCAAGGAUCACCACCCUCUCCUCUGCUAUACAUUUUGUUUACAGCUGAUUCUAUGGAUGGAUUGCCAUUCUACACAGAUCAUGGACUUUUUGCCGACGAUACGGCUUUAUGGACAUCCUGUAACACUGCUUCUGGUUUAAACCGGCGUCUUCAGGAAUCCAUGAAUGUUGUCGCUCGUUGGUGUGAAAUCUCGAAGGUGACUUUACAGUCAAGUAAAACUGAAAUGCUUCACUUUAGUGUACACCGACGUAAACAAUACAAAAAUCAAGUACAAGUCAUUGUGGGAGCAGCAACUAUUCGCCCACAAGCACACGCAAGGUAUCUAGAGGUGAUUUACGACAAAACACUUUCGUGGAAAGAACAUGUGAACCAUGUCAAAGAAAAGGUCAACUCCAAAAUCAAUCUGUUGAGAUUUCUUUCACGAUCAAUUCCAGAAUCGAAUGAUCGAAUCAUGGUGAACUUAUUCAAAUCUUUAAUUAGACCCGUGUUAACAUUUGGUGUAUCAAUCUUGCUAAAAGCAGAACACAAAAUAUGGCAAGAACUUCAAACACUUUAG